UUCUGAAGGCAAAACAGAGGACUAAGUUCCCUCUUGGACUUCAGUACUGCUCCUCAUCUUUGUCUCUAAAUAUCACACUCCAUAUUCACAACUAGAAGGAAAAGGAAGAAUUUCCUGACUGUCUGGAUUUCAAGGAUGUCAUUAUGUUGUAUUGGAUGAAUUUAAACUAGACAAGACUUCUUUUUGAAACACUUCAAGAAAGUGAGUGUGCCUGAGGGGAGAGGAGCACAAGAGAGGAGAGACAAUUGAACAUCACCAUUGGCCGAGACCUGAAAAAAUGUUGCUGGAUGAACACAGGAUAAGAACUUAAUUGUAAAAGAGAAAGAAAGUCUUGAGAGGCAAUUUGCUUCAUUUUCACAUUCAUCAUGGCACAGAUCCUCUGGCUGGCUGGUUGAUGGAACUGUCCAACGCUUCCUAUUUAGGUUCAGUGCAGAUCCCUUCUGUGUACAGAUCGAAAGACCUGGGAUCAGGUGGUAACUGGAUGGUGCCAAAUAUGGAAAUGGAAAGAGAAAUGGACUCUGACGAGCUAAGAUGGAAGUGACUUGACAGCAACAAGCUCAGCAGUUGUCUCCAGUAAGGACAGGUUGAGACGGGAAUCUCAAGCUUCGCUGGGAGAGCAGUAUGCAGGAAGCUGGUUUUCAGGCCACAAAUGCUUUCACAGAGUGCAAAUUCACCUGCGCCAGUGGUAAAUGCUUGUAUCUUGGUUCAUUGAUUUGUAACCAACAGAAUGACUGUGGGGAUAACAGUGAUGAAGAGAACUGCCUGCUUGUAACAGAGCAUCCACCUCCAGGCAUCUUUAGCUCUGAACUGGAGUUUGUUCAAAUCAUCAUUAUAAUCGUGGUUAUAACUGUUAUGGUGGUAGUGAUCAUCUGCUUGUUGAACCAUUACAAACUCUCGACACGCUCUUUUAUCAACCGACAGAGCCAAAGCAGAAGACAGGAAGAAACUUUGCAGACGGAAGGGUGCUUGUGGCCUUCAGAAAGCUCAGUUUCGCGCCAGGGUGCUUCAGAGAUCAUGUAUGCUCCAAGGUCCAGGGACAGGUUUACCACCCCAUCUUUUAUGCAGCGGGACCGUUUCAGUCGCUUCCAGCCCACUUACCCUUACAUGCAGCAUGAGAUUGACCUCCCUCCAACCAUCUCCCUCUCUGACGGGGAAGAGCCUCCGCCGUACCAAGGUCCAUGCACCCUGCAGCUCCGGGACCCAGAACAGCAGAUGGAGCUCAACCGGGAAUCCGUCAGGGCACCACCCAACCGAACCAUUUUUGAUAGCGAUUUGAUAGACAUCUCGAUGUACAAUGGGGGCCCCUGCCCACCAAGCAGCAAUUCGGGCAUAAGUGCAACCAACUAUAGCAGUAAUGGAAGGAUGGAAGGACCACCCCCGACGUACAGCGAGGUCAUGGGGCAUUACCCAGGCUCCUCUUUUUUCCAUCACCAGCACAGCAACGUGCCUCCUUCCUCGCAGAGGGGGAGCAGACUUCAGUUUCAGCAGAACAAUUCAGAGAGCACAAUAGUCCCCAGCAAAGGCCAAGACCGGAAAGCAGGAAACCUGGUCUAAAGUUACUCGCCCAGGUGCAUUUGAACUGAAGACAGGAGAUCCCAGCAGGGUGGUGGAGGAAGACUCCCAUGUUCCGGUGCACAAUGUUGUUACGUUUCACGUGGUACAACUUAGUAAAACCAAACGUGCAAACCAGUUCUUUGUUUCUGAUUCCUUUCAGGGGAAUUGCAUGCAAAGCAGAUUGAAAGAAAUACAAACUUCCAUUCAGUUUGUCUAUGAGCAGUGUUUCAGGGGAGGGGGGGAUAUAUUAUUUUUUUUUUAAUAAACUAUUUCAAUUAUUUAAUUCUAAAAGUUAACUUAGCACAGAAAUGAAGGCUUGUACAGCCUGUUUUAUACUCACUGAAUGGUGGAAGGAAGACGGUGGUUUUGCUAGAUAAAUGGGGGAAGAAUUGGCCAGUUUGCUUUUUUUUUUUUUCUCCCAGGGUGUGGAUUUUUUUAAUAUGAAACAAAAUUCCUGUUCUGUGUGCCAAGGUAUAAAGUUGAGAACUUAGAUGAAUGCAAGGAAUUAAUUUGUGUUGUGAUAAAUGUGUUUUAAAAGGUUGCACUAUCUUAAUGUUUUAAAAAAAUAUAUUAUGAGGGAACUGUUUUAUGUGAAGUUAUUCUAUAUGUUGUCUUUUCACCUGUGGAAUAAUGAUAGAGCUCCAGAAGUAAUCUGGAGGAGUUUCCCCCCCUAUCCCUGGGUUUGCUAGAAAAUGGGGACAGGACUUAGCCUAACAUCUCUUGACUUUUACAAAUCAAGAAAUACAGGGACAGUUGUCUUUGCAAUAAUUUGCAUUCAAAUAACAGUGCAUCAGUGAAGUGUCUUGGAAACUUUUGGAUGGAAGAAGGCAAAUAUGAAAUCCCAGCAUUUUCCAUCACUUAGGGUUUAGCUAUUUUGCAGUGUAGACUAUUUGUUUUGUAAAUGGCAAAACAAAAAAUCCCAGAUGUGGUAAUUUGUAUUGAUUCUAACUAAGUGCUGCCAUUCUAUUCCUUUUCAUAAUGCAGUAUAGCCAGUACUUAACUGUUUUAGAGAUUUUUGUCCUCACUGUAGCCUGAAAUGUAUUUAGUUACAUAUCAUGACAUUAUGCAAUAAAUUGUUUGAAAAUGCAGGGUGGGUUUUUUUUCCCCUGCAACGCUGUUAAAA